AUGAAGGCUUUGGAAAGGGUACCAAGGAGUGAUGCAAUAUUACAGCAGCGGAAGAAACUUGAACAAGAGCUGGAGGAGCUAGAGGAUCAGGAAGAACUAUAUUGGAAGCAACGCUCGAGGGCAGAUUGGUUACGCGAUGGGGAUAAAAACUCAGGCUUUUUUCAUAAGAAGGCAUCUGCCCGCAGGAAACGGAACACGAUCAGGCGUAUACAGGAAGAGUUAGGUGGGUUUGUGACGAAGCAUGAUGAUAUUGCAGCAUGUCUGGUCAAGUAUUUUGACAAGCUGUUCGAAGCUGGACCGGUACCGCAUGAGACCCCCAUUUUAGACACAGUCACAGCCUCUAUUAGUGCCGAGCAAAAUGAAGCGCUACUUCUCCCGUUCAAUCGGGACGAGAUCUUUUUCGCUUUAAAGCAGAUGGGCCAGAGGAAAGCCCCGGGGGAGGAUGGUUUUUCUGUUCUCUUCUUCCGCCGAAAUUGGAGUGUGGUAGGAGAUGAUGUGGUGAAGAUGGUGACUCAGAUCCUCGAGCAGGGGGAGAUGCUGGCAGGACUGAAUCAUACUCUGCUUGCUUUAAUUCCGAAGGUAAAGAACCCCGUUACACCAAAGGAGUAUAGACCGAUAAGCCUCUGCAAUGUCGUGUAUAAGCUUGUCUCCAAAGUUUUGGCGAACAGGUUGAAGCCGCUGCUGAACCAGGUGAUCUCAGAAGAGCAAAGCGCCUUUGUUCCAGGCAGAGUCAUAAUAGAUAAUAUCAUGGCAGCGUUUGAAUGUUUUCAUACUAUGAAAAGGAAAAAGAAGAGCAGGAUAGCUUACUGUGCAGCUAAAAUUGAUAUGGCAAAGGCCUAUGACCGGGUGGAGUGGCAUUUCCUUGAGUCCAUGAUGAAUCGGUUGGGAUUCGCGGAGAGAUGGGUGAAGUUGAUAAUGAUGUGUGUAACCACUGUUACAUACUCGGUGUUAAUAAAUGGGCACCAAUCUGAGAGGUUCACACCGACCAGAGGAAUCAGACAAGGCGACCCCCUUUCUCCCUAUCUAUUCCUUAUCUGUGCGGAAGGGUUAUCCGCGGCCACAAAGAACGCCGGAAGAGAGAGGAGGCUGCGGGGUAUCGAGCCUGCUAGGGGUGCUCCUGCUGUCACCCAUCUGUUUUUUGCUGACGAUAGUGUGUUUUUUUGUAGGGCGACAGAGCAGGAGACACAAGAACUAAAAAACAUUCUUCUGGAUUAUGAGAAGGAGUCGGGCCAGUUAGUGAAUUUCCAGAAGUCUGAGAUAUCCUUCAGCGAGAACGUGAAGACACAUCAAAGGCUGAUCGUGGGGGGGAUUCUCGGGAUGCAAAUUGUGUCAAAACACAAUAAGUACCUCGGUCUCCCUACAGUAGUGGGUAGGUCGAAGAAGGAGAUAUUCCAAGGGCUGAAAGAGAGGGUGCGAUCGAAGCUAAAAGGAUGGAAGGAGAAGACUCUGUCGAUUGCGGAAAGAGAAACACUGAUCAAAGCAGUGGCACAAGCUCAGCUAACUUAUGCAAUGUCAGUAUUCAAAAUCCUUGAAAGUAUUUUGGAUGAAAUUCAUAGCAUGAUAACGAAUUUUUACUGGGGGCAAAGAGGAUCGGAACGCAGGAUCCAUUGGGUCCGAAGGGAGGAGCUGGUGUGUGAAAAAGAGGAUGGUGGUUUGGGAUUGCGAGACCUCCGUGGUUUUAACACUGCGAUGCUUGCAAAGCAGGUGUGGAGGCUGUAUCAACGUCCCGAUACCCUUAUUGCCCGGAUUAUGAAGGCCAAGUACUACAAAAAUUCGACGGUGUUGGAUGCGAAGGUGGGGUACAACCCCAGUUUCAUUUGGCGUAGCUUGAUGAGCUCACAGGGCUUGCUACUGGAUGGGACAAGGUGGCGGAUUGGCGACGGACAGAAUGUUCGAGUGUGGGGUGACAAGUGGCUCCCAACAGAGCCUUAUUAUGUUGAUGAUACCCCCCGAGGGUUGGCAGUCGAUGCGAUGGUUUGCGAUCUUAUUGAUGUUGAAACGGGGGGUUGGGAUGAUACACUAUUGGAGGCGAGCUUUACAUCGGAAGUGGCGAGAACAAUAGCUGCUAUCCCACUGCGUGAUCAAGGUGAGAAAGAUGUACUGAUUUGGGCAGGGAGUGAGAAAGGUGAUUAUACUGUGAAGGAGGGAUACAGAUAG